AACCCUCAGUCUUACAACAGACUGUGAAAUACUGUGUUUUUUUUCUUUCUUUCCCCUUUUUCCAUCUCUCCAAAAAUUCUAUUCUAUUGCCAUAUUUUGCGCUGAAUGACAUUCAAGAAUUCAUUGUUAUGAAUCUCUCUCCCUCCCCAUAUAUAUAUUUAAAGCAGGCUUCUACUUUUUUCACACAGUAGUGAAAGAGAACAAAAGAAAACACAACAUGGGAUUCUCACAGAAGCUACUAGGUUUGUGCUUCAGUCUCUGCCUUGCAGCUGCAUUGGUUCAUGGCCAGGACGACAACAAUGAAAGAAAGGUAUAUAUAUAUUGAUUCUGUCGAGAAAUUAUAGCCGUUGAUUCAUGUUUAUCUCAUGAUGAACUGAUGCAUGGAGUUUUCGUAUUUUGUGAUGAACUUCAGUCGUAUAUUGUCUACAUGGGAGACCUUCCUGAAACCAAAGUUUCGGUUGCUGAGGAGCAUCACCGCUUGCUUGUGAAAGCAAUUGGAGAUGAAUCUAUAGCCAGAAAAUCCAAAAUCCACAGUUAUGGAAGGAGCUUCAAUGGGUUUGCAGCCAAGCUAUUACCUCACGAAGUGAAAAUACUACUAGAGGAAGAGAAUGUGGUGUCAGUGUUUGCAAACACUAAGAACAAACUUCACACAACUAGAUCAUGGGAUUUUCUAGGAAUGAAAGAAACAAUAAGUAGGAGACCUAAAUCUGAGAGCAGCAUCAUAGUGGGUAUGAUGGAUACUGGAAUUUAUGUCAAGUCUCCAAGCUUCGACGAUCAAGGUUAUGGGCCUGCUCCUCAUAAAUGGAGGGGAAAAUGUGUCAUAGGAUCCAACUUCACUGGCUGCAACAACAAGGUGAUUGGUGCAAAAUAUUACAAUCUGGAUAACAUGGAUCCUGGGAUGCAAGAAGACCAAAGUCCAGCAGAUGACGAUGGCCAUGGCACACACACUGCCUCCACCGUAGCCGGUGUUGCUGUGAGGGGUGCAAGCUUAUUCGGUAUAGCUAACGGAACAGCCCGAGGCGGCGUACCUGCAGCUCGCAUUGCCAUGUACAAAGUCUGCUGGGGUGGUGGCUGCACAGACUUGGAUUUAUUAGCUGCUUUUGAUGAUGCAAUAGCUGAUGGUGUAGACUUAAUAUCAGUUUCAAUUGGAGGAAACCCUAGAAAUUAUUUUGAGGACCCAAUUGCCAUUGGAUCAUUUCAUGCCAUGAAGAAAGGUAUAUUGACUUCAUGUUCAGCUGGAAAUGAAGGGCCGACUCCAUCAACUGUGCAAAAUGUUGCACCAUGGAUCAUGACAGUGGGGGCUUCAAGCAUUGAUAGACAGUUCAAGACUCAAGUCAAGCUUGGAAAUGGCAUGAAAGCUUCUGGAAUAACAAUCAACACAUUUUCACCAAAGAAGAAGAUGUACCCAUUAACAAGUGGAGCCCUAGCAUCUAAUCUCACUGGAAAUUACUACGGCAAUGCCAGUGCCUGUGAUUAUGGGACACUAUCCAUGGAGAAAGUGAAGGGAAGAAUUGUGUACUGCCGUGGAGACAGUGGCCAAGAUUACACCAUUAGAAAGCUAAAAGGAGCUGGAGUGAUCACGUCCACGAGUGCAGAAACAGACAUUGCAUUCACCACUUUAAUACCAGCUACUAAUGUCGACCUCAAGGAGGGCCACAAGAUAGAUCGCUACAUUAACAAAACUAAGAAUCCUCGGGCUGUUAUCCACAGGACGAGAACUGUCAAAAUUGCUGCUCCUGUUUUGGCUUCUUUUUCAUCUAGAGGACCUCAACUCCUCACCCUAAACAUCCUCAAGCCUGAUCUUGCUGCGCCGGGAAUCGACAUAUUAGCUGCCUACUCUAGACUAGUAACAGUAACAGGAGAAUCAACCGAUAAGCGAUUUUCCAAUUUCAACAUUAUAUCAGGAACAUCUAUGUCUUGCCCUCAUGCUUCUGCAGCUGCUGCCUACGUCAAAAGCUUCCAUCCCGACUGGUCGCCGGCUGCAAUCAAGUCAGCUCUGAUGACAACCGCCACACAUUUUAAGAUCAAAAGUGAUGAGCUAUCAGAAUUGGGAUCAGGAUCAGGCCAAAUAAACCCAGGAGAGGCAGUGCAUCCUGGCCUUGUUUAUGACAACAAAAUGAGUUCUUACCUUAGAUUCCUAUGCAAGGAAGGCUACAACAGCACCACCAUUGGUCUACUAGUUGGUGGCAAGAAUAAGUACAAUUGCUCCAACUUUAAACCUGCAAAAGGCAUUGAUGGCCUCAACUAUCCUUCAAUGCAUGCACAGGUUAAAACUUCCAGUUCCCCAAUCUCGGCAGUGUUCUACCGGACGGUGACUCAAGUCGGAUAUGGAAAAUCAGUGUAUAAAGCAACUGUGAUAUCUCCAAAGCAUCUCUCAAUCAAAGUCGUACCAGAGACUUUAACAUUCUCUAGAUUGCAUGAAAGGAAAAAUUUCAAGGUUAUAGUGAAGGGUGGACCGAUGCCAAGUGGAAAGGAGAUGAUGUCAGCUUGGCUCGAGUGGAAUGAUUCUGAGCACAGUGUCAAGAGCCCUAUAGUCAUCUGCAAAACCUUCUAUUUUUAG